UUUGUCUGGUGAUACUUUUGAUCUGGAAGCUUUGAAAACUCUCCUGAACUAACUUUAAUUCUGUCUUUUCAAUGUUACUCUUUUGCUCUAUUUUGCUUUUUUUGCCUGUAGUUGCAUUCACUGGAGAGAAUGAUCAGAGGAAAGUUUGUCAUCAAGAACUAAAAAAAAGACAAAGAAACGUAAAACUUGUCUUUAUUGUAAGUUAAUAAGAUGUGUAAUUUUCUUAUAGGCGUAUCCUUUGGUUUCCUCUCAGUCCAGAUAAAACAGUUAAUUCAUUUUUGUCUUGGUUCCAUCAGUAACUGAUAAAGGAACAAAAAUUGAUAAAAAUAUUUACAUAUCAAUAAAGUCUGGAUGCUGUGGAUUUCUUUACCAGGAAAUGUUCAAGUAAAAGUUUCUUUAGUUUAUAAAAACAGACUAACGGUAUAGUUCCUUUUUCUACUUUUAUUUUGAAAAAAAUUUGCUGCCCAAACUUAAUAUAGAGAUGGUGGCAUAAACAUUUAUCAUAAAUCCUUUACAUUAACAAUAUUCAAUUGUACAUCCUUUACAUUAAUAAUAUGCAGAGAUUAGGGAAAAAAGGAGUAAACUAUAAAUUGAUAUGGGUCUUUUUCUUUUUUUUCCUGUUAGACACACAGCUGUAGAACAAAAUACUAUCUAAAAAUGAUAAAACAGAGAACUUUUAAAAAUGUAAAUAAAGAAAUAAACUAAAAAAUAAAAUUAAAGCACUUUUAAAGAACCACUGCAAAGAAAUGUGUUUUUCACACUUUUCUAAUUAUGAAGGACAUAUAUUAUAUAAUUCAGAUUAAAACUGCAUGUCUGAGUAUUUCUUUAUUUAAUUCUUUAUUAUUUUAAAAACUUCUCUUUUGAGACAAGUGAAAUCAGACCAAAGUGAUCCCUGCUUACAGAUAUAUCAUUUUCAUUUUCCUGGUCUGAGAUGGCAUCUGGCUCAAAACUGUAUGACUGGGUAGGUUUGAUAUUGGUCGCCAUUUUUGUUGCCCCACUACUGUUAUCUUGAGGCUGAAAAGAACUGUAGAUAAAGUGUAAAUAGAGGGAUGAUGGGAUAUCAGGUGAAGCUUACUUUUGCCCCAAUCGGCCCACCCACAAUGAAAUUCUGCACAAACUUCGUCCAAGAAAAUGACAGAUUUUUUUUUUUCCUAAAAAAGUAAUCAUUAUUUAAAGAAAUUAUUUUACAAUAAAUCAAAGUAGAACUGGAGUAGAACUUCAAUUGCAUUUUUAUUAGUAGGACUUGCAAGCCUCUGUAGUCAAGAAUUCUUAGAAAUACAGUGAUAAAGUUAAGAACUGGGAAAAUUUAUUUCGUUAUAAAAACUUUUUUUUAUUUUUCUUGUAGCUCUAAUAAUUAUUAUUUUAAGACAUUUACAGAAAUGUUCGCUUAAAGUGACCGGCGUUAGGACCCAGCGGAGUCCACAGCGCACAUGGCUGGUGUCGCUUCUCCGCUACGAGCGGGGAUGGAGAGUCCGCGGCUUCCUCUGCUCUCCUUCAUCCUCUGCCUUCACUCCCGCUCUUUUAACCUAUGAGAACUCUCAUUUCUAGAAAUCCUCCAAAAAAUAUAUAAUAAUAAUUAUCUAGUGAUCGCAUCUGUGCGUUUUUCCCUCUCGCUCGCCUUCAUUCUGGUCGGGAAAAGUUUGUGACAGCUCAUCCUUGUCUUGGUUUAUGUGACAGCUCGCUGAAUUCUCUCGGAGUCUGAAAGGAAGAGCCUCUUUUUUGUUUGAUCUGAACUAUCUGCUGAUUCCCCUCUGAAGCGCAAACAUGAGGAUCUGGACGCGCAGGGAGAACUUUGCCGUUCUGCUUUUGGCUCUCCGCGUCUGGUGCCUUUCCGUGGAGAUGGAGAAGGUUCACAGCCUGACAGAAGGAAGCCAUCCAGACAAGACACAGCAGCUCGGGGACGAAACCAAACCGCAGCGCCAAGAGACCACCGUACCUCUGAUGCUAAAGGGGAAAGAGCGCAGACCUCUCAGCCUGCUCACGUCAGGAAUUUAUCCCGCGUCACUCCAGUUGGAAGUAGUUGCCGAGAAUCAAGUCUUGGUCCUGUUACUGGAAAAAAAUGAGGGUCUGUUUGCAAGUCACUACAUUGAAACGCACUACAUGGAGGAUGGGCGUGCAGUCAGCAGUGCACACAACUACACGAAAAACUGCUACUACCACGGGGAAGUGGAGGCACAUCCAGACUCUGAUGUUACUCUCAGCGUCUGCUCAGGCCUUCGAGGCCUCAUCGCGGUUGAAAACAAGACAUUUGUCAUCGAGCCCGUGUCAGGCCACGUCGCCGGGGCCCACCUCAUCUACCGAGUGGAGGAGCUCAAACUGGCCCCUGGAGCCUGUGGCCACAGCUUCAACGAGUCCUCUGCUGACUCUCAAACCCACAUCAAGCAGCCUUUUCAGGCUUUCCACAGAAGGCACAAACGGAAUACUCAGAAGACCACCAAAUAUGUCGAGCUCAUCAUUGUUGCGGACAACCGAGAGUUUCAGAAACAGGGAAGAGACCUGGAGAAAGUUAAACAGAGACUGGCAGAGAUUGCAAAUUAUGUGGACAAGUUCUACAGAGCGUUGAACAUCAGGGUGGCCCUGGUGGGUCUGGAGGUUUGGAGCGACUCUGAUAAAUGUCCCGUCUCUCAAGAUCCCUUCAACACUUUGCAUGAAUUCCUGGACUGGAGAAAAGUGAAGCUGCUGCCGCUGAGGCCUCACGACAACGCUCAGCUCAUCAGUGGGGUUUACUUCCAGGGCACAACCAUCGGCAUGGCCCCCAUUAUGAGCAUGUGCACAGUGGAGCAGUCUGGCGGUAUUGUCAUGGAUCACUCUGAGAAUCCACUGGGCGCAGCCGUGACUUUGGCGCACGAGCUGGGACACAACUUUGGUAUGAACCACGACACCCCGGAACGCGGCUGUGGCUGCAGGAUGACGGUGGACCGUGGAGGCUGCAUCAUGACCCCCUCCACAGGAUAUCCAUUUCCAAAAGUGUUUAGCACGUGUAGCAAGAAGGAUCUUGCAGCCAGUCUGGAGAAAGGAGUAGGUAUGUGUUUGUACAACAUGCCGGAGGUGAAAGUGCUGUACGGAGGGCAGAAGUGCGGCAACGGCUACGUGGAAGAAGGAGAGGAAUGCGACUGCGGGGAGCUGGAGGAAUGCAUGAACCCCUGCUGCAACGCCACCACAUGCACCCUGAAGGGAGAUGCUGUGUGCGCUCAUGGGCAAUGCUGUGAAGACUGUCAGCUCAAGCCGGCUGGCACCUUGUGCCGAGAGUCCAGUAACUCAUGUGACUUGCCAGAGUUCUGUACCGGCGCCAACCCUCACUGCCCAGCCAACGUUUAUCUGCAUGAUGGACACGCCUGCCACAACGUCGAGGGCUACUGCUACAACGGCAUCUGCCAAACCCACGAGCAGCAAUGCAUCACCCUGUGGGGACCAGGAGCCAAGCCAGCACCUGGGAUUUGCUUUGAGAGAGUCAACUCUGCAGGUGAUCCUUAUGGCAACUGUGGGAAAGACUCCAAAGGCUCCUUUGCCAAAUGUGAUGCAAGGGACGCAAAAUGUGGCAAAAUUCAGUGUCAGGAUGGAGCCAACCGGCCAGUUAUCGGAACAAACGCAGUGUCUAUUGAAACCAACAUCCCGCUCCAAGAAGGGGGCCGUAUUCUGUGUCGAGGGACGCACGUCUACCUCGGCGACGACAUGCCAGACCCUGGACUUGUUCUGGCAGGAACAAAGUGUGGAGAUGGUAUGGUGUGCCUGAACCGGCAGUGCCAGAACGUCAGCGUGUUCGGCGUGCAUGAGUGCUCCGGGAAGUGCAACGGACGUGGGGUGUGUAACAACAAGCAGAACUGCCACUGUGAGGCACACUGGGCCCCUCCCUUCUGUGAGAAAUCAGGUUUUGGCGGCAGCAUCGACAGCGGGCCAAUGAGGCUGGCAGAUGUGCGUGUGUGUGUAUUAAUGUGCGUGUUGUCAUAUGUGGCAUCAGCCGACAGCGUGCUCAUUACUGUGGCAAUCCUGGUCACCCUGAUCAGCCUCCUGGCAGCCACUCUUGUCAUCUUUUUGAAGAGGAAGACUCUGCUGCGCCUUCUCUUUGCCAACAAGAAGAGCACGCUGGAGAAACUCAGAUCCGUGGAGACGUGUAGGCCCACCAGUCCUAUCCGGGCCGAGUCCAUGUACCGACCCACACCCCACCGCAAGCCUCCACCCAAGCCCUGUGUGGCCAACAUAUAUAAGCCGUCCUUUCUGAGUGCAGAGCCUCUCCUGCCGUCACACACCUUCCACUCCCACAGCCUGCGCAGACUGCCCCUCUACCAGCCGCUGCACAUCAGCCAGCCCAUGCCCGUGUCUCUGAGCGUGGGCCAGCCCUCUUUGCCUCUCGUCCCGCACCAUCACCGUCGAGUCCUGCCCAACCGCACGGCGCCGCCGCCACAGCCGGUGCCGCCUUUUCUCACCCUGCCGCGCCAUCAGUCAUCAUACAGAGUGGAGCAGGACUUUGAUAAACCGAGUCCGCCCCAGAAACCCCUACCUGCUGAUCCGCUAAGGAGGGGCACCCCAUCGGGUCAUGGCGUUGGGAGCCACAUUCCCAGGACGGGGGCUCUGCCAAUACCAAUUCCCACCGUGCCCCGCCCACCUCUCCCUGUCUCUUUGCCUAGCAGAUAAAUUCCUGUUGUUCUUUGGAUCUGCGGUGUUGGCCCCACAGACCCCCAAAGACCUACCCGGCCUGCUGAGCUCCAACCCCUCUUUGUUGAGAAGUCCUUAUUUUGCACUAAUAACUUCAGACUCUGUUGGAACUCACUGAAAGCAGAAAAUGUUGGAGAGUUCUUAAAAAACAGUUUCUCAAAGGGGCUAAAAUCACACCACGGUGCUACGCCUCUAGAAGGUGCUCUCUUGUCUUCGCUCAGGUACUAAGGAACUAUUUAUUCAACUAUUUAACGUUUGUAUUUCCAGUUAGAGUGGGAGGUGCUCUGUAUGCUGAGAAAUUUUGUUUUGCUUGGGACAUUCUUGAAAAGAAGGAAACUUAGUGUCAUUUUCAGAAUUCUUUUUACAGAUUUGUACGGUGAUUUUAUACAUUUUUCUUGUUAAAAAUAUUGAAUUGCAUUGUCUUUUCUUUGAACCAAUAUCCCACUUUAACUGAGAUGGACUUGGAAUGAGAAUAAUGGAACCGAAAGGCACUUGUGGCACACUGGGCAUUGUUAUUUAUUUCAUUUUAGCAAUCUUUUAUUGCUUAUUAUUCCCCUAUCCCACUGCUGCUAUGGUGCUAAAAGUUCUUUUUUGUACUUUUUCAUUUUAACUUUUUAAAAACAUGACUCAUCUAAAAGCUUGAUGGAAAUAAUUGAUCCACAUUUUUUAUUUAUGCUCUUUUAUAGACUUGAUUUGAGGCUCCUGGCUCAUUUUUUCUUUAAUGUGCUGUUUUGAGGCACUAGUUGGACACUUUUCAGUGGAUUGUCAACAUUUCUGACAGAGUAAAUCUGUUUGAAUGUUUACCAUUUUCAUUCACUUUGUCAAAUUGCAGCUCCAAAUGUCCAAGAGGCUAACUUUCUGUUUGUCUGCUAAAGCCUUCCUUUGUGAUGCAUUGAUGGUUUUGUUGUCUGUCUGGAUCGUUCUCCUCUGCGACCAGGAAAAGCAUGCAGAGCGGCUGUGCUGCUUUUCGUCAAAAAAAGGUGUUUCAGAUGAAAAAAGUUUCUUGUCUUAUGUGGAUUACCCUUUUUAAAUGUAACAUCUGUACUGUUUCCAUUGUCAAAAGUGUAAAUAUGGUAUGCCAGUUAUGAUUUGAUUCUUAUUGAUUGUUAUUAUUUUGUUUUGCAAAAGCACAGAAAUGUAAGAACUGUUUUUAUCCGCAACAAAUGGAAAAAACUUGGGAUUUUUUGUUCUUUUAUUUUAAAAAGUUUCAAAAUAACUGUAGACCAAACUUUAAGGUUUCUGGUUAACAGAAUCUUUGGAAAAAAAUACAAAAUAAAAGCCGAAUAAAGGUUAUUUUAUGUUUAUGAAAGAGUUUUUUUCAUAUUUGACUUGGAAAAAGAUCAAUUUUAGCAACAAAUGAUAGUAACUUUUGCACAUUUUUAAUGGAUCACAGCUGAUGUCUUCAAAAUUUGAAGAAAGACACGAAUAUGACGAGGAAUCAGAGACGAUGCUCUCAUGUUACUGUUGGAUUUUAUUCUAAAUUAGCAAAAUAAAAGUAAAUAAAUAAAGAUUUCUUGUGAGUGGAGUCAAUGAACUUUUGGAAAAGGACACAAAUAAAUGUCUUCAACAUCAGCAGGUUUGUCCAACACUGCCACCUGUUGGAUAACACCAGUCAACACCCUUGGACUUCAAUUGCUGCCAUAA